ACGAAAACAAGGAAGAAACACAAUAACGGGAAGUGCGCGGGCAGUUACGUCAAAUCGCUUCAGACUGUUUUUCGUCUGUUUAGACGACCCGAGCAGAACAAAGGGAGGAAAACUUAAGUCUGUGAAAUGACUGACUGAAGUCCACAAGAUGAGUGUUUGUGUGGAGGAGGAGGAGGACAGAGCAGAGUCUCCAGUAUCUAGCUGUCUGUCUAUGAAGAGUGACCAGUCCAGAGAUGUCCCACUAUUCUUCAGUAAUGAACCUGGAUCCUCAAACACAAAAGGUCAGUACCACAGACAGAGAGCAGAGUCUCCAGUAUCCAGCUGUCUGUCUAUGAAGAGUGACCGGUCCAGAGAUGUCCCACUAUUCUUCAGUAAUGAACCUGGAUCCUCAAACGCUAAAGGUCAGUACCACAGACAGAGAGCAGAGUCUCCAGUAUCCAGCUGUCUGUCUAUGAAGAGUGACCGGUCCAGAGAUGUCCCACUAUUCUUCAGUAAUGAACCUGGAUCCUCAAACACAGAAGAGAAGAAGAGGAGUGGUGUUUCUGUGGAGGAGCAGCAGUCCUGCUGUUCUUUGUGCCAGGAAGUCCUGAAGGAUCCAGUCUCUAACAGCUGUGGACACUGGUUUUGCAGACAGUGCAUCACAUACGGAGACCAGUCUGCUUCACCAGGAGACACCUCCUGUCCCCAGUGUGCAGAAAGGUCCAGAACAAGACCUGGACUGCAGACAGAGAGUCAAACCAGCACUGUGCAAAUGAUUGUUGCUCUCCGGGAGGUUUCAGAUAACCAUAAGAUCAGUCUGAGGAGGAGAUGUGAAUGUGUGACUGAAGGAAUUGAUGAAGCAGGACAUGAAACCCUCCUCAACAGGAUCUACACUGAGCUCUACAUCACAGAGGGACAGAGUGAAGAGGUUAAUACCCAACAUGAAGUGAGGCAGCUUGAGACAGCUUCCAAGAUGGAGACCCUCCAUGACACUCCAAUCAAGUGUCACGACAUCUUUAAAGCCUUACCCGACCAACAGAAAGACAUCAUCAGAGUCGUUCUGACAAAUGGCGUUGCUGGCAUUGGAAAAACCUUCUCAGUGCAGAAGUUCACUCUGGACUGGGCAGAGGGUUUGGAAAACCAAGAUGUCAGUCUGGUGAUUCUGCUUUCGUUCAGGGAGCUGAACUUGAUCAAAGAUGAGCAGUACAGUCUCCUCAUGCUAAUCCAUGUUUUCCAUCCAACAUUACAGAAGGUCACAGCAGAGAAUCUCACUGUCUGUAAAGUUUUGUUCAUCUUUGACGGCCUGGAUGAAAGCAGACUUUCACUGGAUUUCAAGAAUAAUGAGGUUGUGUCUGAUAUCACACAGAAGUCAUCAGUCAGCGUGCUGUUGACAAACCUCUUUAAGGGGAAUCUGCUUCCCUCGGCUCUCGUCUGGAUAACUUCCCGACCUGCAGCAGCCAAUCGGAUCCCCCCUACCUGUGUUGACAGGGUAACAGAAGUACGAGGCUUCACUGACGCCCAGAAGGAGGAGUACUUCAGGAGGAGAUUCAGUGAUGAAGAGCUGUCCAGCAAAAUCAUCUCACACAUAAAGACAUCCAAGAGCCUCCACAUCAUGUGUCACAUCCCAGUCUUCUGCUGGAUCACUGCUACAGUUCUGGAGCACAUGUUGACUACAGACCAGAGAGGAGAGCUGCCCAAGACCCUGACUGACAUGUACUCACACUUCCUGCUGGUUCAGACAAAGAGAAAGAAGUACAAGUAUGAUGAGGGACAUGAGACGAGUCCAAAGGAGCUGACACAGGCUGACAGGGAAGUUCUUCUGAAGCUCGGUAGGCUGGCGUUUGAACAUCUGGAGAAAGGAAACAUCAUGUUCUACCAAGAAGACUUGGAGCAGUGUGGUCUUGAUGUCACAGAGACCUCACUGUUAUCAGGAUUUUGUACAGAGAUCUUCAAAAGAGAGAGUGUGAUCUUCCAGAAAACAGUCUACUGCUUUGUUCAUCUGAGCAUUCAGGAGUUUCUGGCUGCAGUCUACAUGUACCACUGUUACACCAACAGCAACACAGAGGCACUGGAGGACUUCCUAGGAAACUAUUCCAGUGACUCAUCCCUGGAUAUCUUCCUGAUGGGAGCCAUGGACAAAUCUCUGCACAGUGAAAAUGGACACCUGGACCUGUUUGUUCGCUUCCUUCAUGGCCUCUCUCUAGAGUCCAACCAGAGUCUCUUUGGAGCCCUGCUGGGUUGGACAAAGAACAAUCCAGAAAUCAUCCAGAGAGCCAUUGAGAAACUGAAGGAGAUGAACACUGAUGAAAUCUCUCCUGACAGAAGCAUCAACAUCUUCCACUGUCUGAUGGAGAUGAACGAUCGCUCAGUACAUCAGGAGAUCCAAGAGUUCCUGAAGUCAGAGAAAAGAUCAAAGAAAAAACUCUCUGAGAUCCACUGCUCAGCUCUGGCCUACAUGCUACAGAUGUCAGAGGAGGUUCUAGAUGAGUUGGACCUGGAGAAGUAUAACACUUCAUGGAUGGGACGACUGAGACUGAUCCCGGCUGUGAGGAACUGCAGAAAGGCUCGACUUACUCACUGUGGACUCUCAGAGACUCACUGUGAAGUUGUGGCAUCAGCUCUGAAGUCCAACCCCUCCCAUCUCAGAAAACUGGAUCUGAAUGACAUUGACCUGCGGGAUUCAGGAGUGAAGGUGCUGUCUGCUGGACUGGAGAGUCCAAACUGUAGACUGGAGUCUCUGAGAUUGUAUCACCGGAGUUUGCCAGAGAUCAGCUGUGCUUCUUUGAUCUCAGCUCUGAAGUCCAACCCCUCCCACCUGAGAGAGCUGGAUAACGACUACAUGCUACAGGAUUCAGAUGUGAAGCUGCUGUGUGAUUUUUUGGAGAGUCCACAUUGUAAACUGAAGACUCUGAGAUUGGGUGGCCGUUUGUCAGAGAUCAGCUGUGCUUCUCUGGCCUCAGCUCUGAAGUCAAACCCCUCCCAUCUGAGAGAGUUGGAUCUGGCUAACAACGAGCUGCUGCAGGAUACAGGUGUGAAGCUAUUGUGUGAUUUCCUGGAGAGUCCACACUGUAGACUGAAGACUCUGAGUCUGUAUCGCUGUAGUUUGUCGGAGAUCAGCUGUGCUUCUCUGGCCUCAGCUCUGAAGUCAAACCCCUCCCAUCUGAGAGAGCUGCAGCUGAGUGGCAACGAGCUGCAGGAUUCAGGAGUGAAGCUACUGUGUGAUUUUCUGGAGAGUCCACACUGUAGACUGAAGACUCUGAGAUUGGGUGGCUGUUGUUUGUCAGAGAUCAGCUGUGCUUCUCUGGCCUCAUCUCUGAAGUCCAACUCCUCCCAUCUGAGAGAGCUGCAUCUUAACUCCAAUGAGCUGAAGGAUUCAGGAGUGAAGCUACUGUGUGAUUUUCUGGAGAGUCCACACUGUACAUUGGAUACUCUGGGAUUGUGGCACUGCAGUUUGUCAGAGAUCAGCUGUGCUUCUCUGGCCUCAGCUUUGAAGUCCAACCCCUCCCAUCUGAGAGAGCUGCAGAUGAGUGACAAGCUGCAGGAUUCAGGAGUGAAGCUGCUGUGUGAUUUUCUGGAGAGUCCACAUUGUAGAUUGGAGACUCUGAGAUUGUGGGACUGCAAGUUGACAAAGAUCAGCUGUGCUUCUCUGGUCUCAGCUCUGAAAUCCAACCCCUCCCAUCUGAGAGAGCUAGAUCUGGAUGAAAACAGGCUGCAGGAUUCAGGAGUGAAGUUGCUGUGUGAUUUUCUGGAGAGUCCACAUUGUAGACUGGAGGCUCUGAGAUUGGGUCGCUGCAGGUUGACAGAGAUCAGCUGUGCUUCUCUGGCCUCAGUUCUGAAGUCCAACCCCUCCCAUCUGAGAAAGCUGAUGCUGAAUAACAACAAGCUUCAGGGUUCAGACGUGAAGCAGUUGUGUGAACUUGAAGAGAGCCCACACUGCAAACUGGAGACUCUGAGAUGGUGAUGAUCUCUGUAAGAGUGCGAUCGAACAUCCAGGAGUGUGUGCUGAGAGAGGAUCAGCUGUAUCCUGAUGAUCCAGAGAGGUUGAAGCAACAGCAGCAGCUUGUGUGUAGAGAGGCUUUGACUAGGCCAUGUUACUGUGAGGUUGAGUGGACAGGAGAGCCUCAUCCAGAAGUGACUGACAGAGGAAUCAGAAGAAGUGGAGAUGACUCUCAGUGCUGUAGUCUGAACAGAUCUGAGAAUAGCUCCACUGUCAGACACAAAGUCAAGUCCACUAUCAUCCCUGCGUGUUCCUCUGGAUCUGACAGAGUAUCAUCAGUAUACCUGGACUGCUCUGCUGCUGCUCUGUCCUUCUACAUUCUCUGCAGACACAUCGAGACUCCUGCACUCGACCACCUCCUCCACCCUCCACCUGGACCUGAGUCUGGAUUAUCUUCAGCAUGAGCUUAUUUGGAAAGGCUUCUUAAAAUCAUGUCAUUGACACUUAAACCAUUCAUUUACAGUACUUAUAAUGGUGUAAACUGUCUGAGCUGGUGUAAAGAUUACAGGCACUGCAGUAGCUUUGUGUUGCAGCUCCACCAUGUGUAAUGAUGCAGUGUUGCAGCAUAAUAUUUCUCUGUAUAUUGGGUGUUGAUAUCAGCAAGCAGCAAUCAGCCUGUAGGUUGUUCAGUUCAAGUUCAAGUGUCAUUCAUAUCAGUGCUAAAUGUCUGUACUUUUUUUGUUUUUGAUACACAGUAUUAUAUUCCUUAACUGGUUGUAUUAUAGCACACAUUCCACAGUUCCUCAUAUCUACAGCCUGUCUUACCUGUUUCCGAUAUUACAGACAUUAUAUAUGGUCCAACCACUGUAAAAACAGAUAUACCUCAUGCCUGGUGGUGGUAAAUAAAACUCAUUUGUUCUCCUA